UGUGUGGGUUAGAGAGAGAUUGAAAUCACAUGCUAUAUAUAAUUAAUUAUAUAAGUGCUUUCUCAGUCAAAAAAGGGGGGAGGGAGAGAGAGAGAGAGAGAGAGAGAGAAAUGGCACAAAUGCAAGCAAAGUACCUGAAUAUUGGGAAAGGAAUAUGCAGAGAAACAUUAUGGAGAUACAAAGGAGGUACUACCAAACAACAUGUUGAUAUCAAUUUGAGUAGUGAAUUUAGAAUAAGUUGGAAAUACCAAGUGAGGAGGAUUAGGGAGGAGAAGAAGAAUAUUGAGUGCCCUACUACUACUAGUUUUUCAUCAAAUUAUUCAUCCUUUUCAACUGAGGAAUUAGCCAAAAAAAUUGAGGUGGUGGAGGGAAAAUAUGGGGAAUUAGGGUGUUUGGUGAGAGAGUAUGGAUGGAAAGUAAGAAGAAUGGUUGAGGAAGAAAGUGAGAUGAGGAAAGUUGCUCAAAUUCAAGCUGAAGCAUUUCAUGUACCUGUGCUUCUCUUCAAUGAUCUCUUCUUCCAAUUCUUUCAGGCAGAAGUCCUUUCAGGACUUCUUUACAGACUUCAAAACUCACCCCCAGAUAGGUAUGCAUGUUUGGUUGCUGAGCCAAACAGUAGUGAUGAUGAUGAUGAAGAAGAAGAGGUUGUGGGAGUUGUAGAUGUGACAGUGUUGAGAGACGAAGCUGUUCUCCAACAUCUCCCCACUCCUGCCAAUGAAUAUCUUUACGUCUCUGGUAUUGCUGUCUUAAGCAAAUUCAGGAGGAAAAAAGUAGGAACAGCAUUGCUAAAAGCGUGUGAGAAGCUAAGUGGUGUAUGGGAUUAUGAAUAUUUGGUGCUGAGGGCUUAUGAAGAUGAUUUGGGGGCUUUGGAAUUGUAUAGAAAUGCAGGCUACGUAAUUGUCUCAGGUGAUCCCCAAUGGAUCACCUCUUGGAUUGGCAGACGACGUCGUGUUCUCAUGAUUAAACGCCCUUUAUUAAUAUAAACUUAAAUCUUUACUUAUAUUAUAUAAUUUAUACUCUUGAGUUGAUGCAAAUUGUCGCAUUUUUAUGAUUUUUUUAAAAUAACAUUAUGUAAUUGUUUGUAACUUCUUGCAUCAUGUAAAUACUUACUUAAAUUCAUAUUAAAAUUUAUAACUUCUUUUA